CUUGUUUAUUAGCCUCCAUUCCACCUGGUUCCUUAUUUCACCAGCUUCUUGCUUUUCAUUUUUCAAAACCAAAUGACGCUUCACCAGACCAAAAUUUGCGCAUUUUGUUCUAUUUACCUUCGUGUGAUUCUUCUCUUUUCCGCAAUUAGUCUCCUCUGCCUGCAACCCGUGGCCAUUACUGCCACCGCUCCAACAAACGAGACUGAUCGUUUGGCUUUACUCAAAUUCAAAGAACUUAUACCUCAUGAUCCAUAUAAGAUAUUGAGUUCGUGGAAUGGCUCUAUGCACUUCUGCAAUUGGCAUGGAAUCACAUGCGGCCGUCGGCACCAAAGGGUCACAGGCUUGGACCUUGAGGGCUACAACUUAGGUGGAUCUAUAUCACCUGCUAUUGGAAACCUCACCUUUCUUAGGUUCAUCAACCUCCAAAAUAACAGCUUCUAUGGCAAAAUUCCACAAGAAUUCGAUCAUUUGUUCCGACUGCAACGACUCUAUCUCGACAAUAACACGUUGGGAGGGGAAAUACCAUCUAACUUGUCCAUCUGCUCCAAUCUCAGGACGAUAUAUCUUCAUGUGAAUAAGCUUACAGGGAAAAUUCCAGAGGAGCUAGGCUCUUUAAUGAGACUACAACGACUUGCGAUUUCUGAAAAUAAUUUGGCAGGAGGAAUCCCCCCUUCUCUCGGAAAUCUUUCUUCACUCAAAUAUUUCUAUGUGGGGGGCAAUAAUUUGGUGGGAAAUAUUCCAGAUACCAUAGGCCAAUUAAAAGGCUUAGUAGUGUUCUCAAUUUGGGGAAAUAAAUUGUCAGGUACAAUCCCUUCCUCUCUUUAUAAUGUGUCUUCUCUCCAAUCGAUUGCAGUUACAAGCAACCAACUUAAUGACACACUUCCAGCCAACAUAGGCCUCACUCUUCCUAAUCUCCAAAAACUUCUAUUUGGUGGAAAUAUGUUCUAUGGACCAGUCCCUACUUCACUAUGUAAUGCAACUCAGCUUCAAAUAAUUGAUUUAAGUGAAAACAAUUUUCUAGGAUCAGUUCCAACUAAUUUGGGAAAUCUGUUGGAUCUUUCCUCGCUAAAUUUGGAACUCAAUCAUCUUGGAAAGAGUUUACAUUUCUUAACAUCUUUGACAAAUUGUAGUAAACUUAAUGUAUUGAGUAUUAGUACGAACUAUUUCGCAGGUGUUUUGCCUAGUUCUAUAUCCAACUUGUCAACCCAACUCACUGUAUUAUAUAUAGGAGGCAAUCGAAUUUCUGGAACUAUUCCUGCAUCAUUAGAGAAUCUAGUUAACUUAAUUGCUUUGGGCUUAAGUACUAAUUACUUCACCGGCAUUGUUCCUACUAAUUUUGGGAAGUUUCAAAAGAUGCAAUUAUUAAAUUUAAGUGGAAACAGAUUGUCUGGAGAAAUACCAACCAUCAUAGGCAACCUUACUCGGUUGUUUGAACUUGAUUUAGAUGAAAACAGAUUUGAAGGAACUAUACCUCCAACUAUAGUAAACUGCCAAAAUUUGCAAACCCUGGACAUUUCACAAAAUAACCUUGGUGGAUCCAUACCCAAACAGCUUAUUGGUCCUUCUUCCCCUGCACUAAUAUCCCUCAAUUUGUCACAUAACUCGUUUACUGGCAAACUACCAUUUGAAGUAGGUGAUUUGAAAAAUAUAAACUUUUUGGAUUUCUCUAACAAUAAUCUGUCUGGUGAAAUUCCUACAUCUAUAGGAGAUUGUUUGGUGUUGGAACUCCUUGACCUACAUGGGAAUUCCUUUGAAGGAGCAAUACCAUCAUCUAUGGCUUCUUUGAAAGGUCUUCAACUUCUAGAUGUUUCACAAAAUAACCUAUCAGGAUCCAUUCCAAAGGGUUUAGAGAAGCUUCGUUAUUUAGAAAAUUUGAAUCUUUCUUUUAAUAAUUUUGAGGGUAAGGUACCAAUUGAAGGAGUUUUCAGAAACACAAGUGCGAUAUCAUUGGCCGGAAAUACUAAACUCUGUGGUGGUAUACCAAAAUUGCAGUUGCCAAAAUGCCUCGUAGAGGUCAUGAAACCAAGAAACUCAUUUGGCCACAAGCUAGCAAUUGUAAUUAUUUCCAUUGUUUUAUUUUUGUUUUCAUCAAUUCUUGUUAUUUAUUGGAUGAAAAAAUCAAAAAAGAAAUCACCUUCUAUGUUUUCAACAAUGGACCUCCUUCCAAGUGUUUCGUACCAAGACCUCUAUCAUGCAACUUGUGGAUUUUCUUCGGAUAAUUUAAUUGGAUCUGGAAGUUUUGGCUCAGUAUAUAAAGGAACUCUUGUUCAAGAAGAAAAACUAGUUGCUAUAAAGGUCCUUAACCUUCAACACAAGGGAGCUUUCAAAAGUUUUAUGGCCGAAUGCAAUGCAUUACGAAUUAUUCGGCAUCGGAAUCUUGUUAAGAUAUUAACAUGUUGCUCUAGCAUAGAUUACAGUGGGAAUCAAUUCAAAGGUCUAGUCUUUGAAUUCAUGGCAAAUGGGAGCUUAGAUAUUUGGCUGCAUCCCAAACUAGACAACGAAAAUCAAUCAAGGAACUUGAGCCUUCUUCAAAGAAUAAAUGUUGCACUGGAUGCGGCUAUUGCAAUAGAUUAUCUUCACAACUAUUCUGUGCAACCAAUCAUUCAUUGUGAUUUAAAGCCAAGCAAUGUUCUCCUUGACAAAGACAUGGUUGCUCAUGUAAGCGAUUUUGGCUUAGCAAAGCUCCUCUCAACUGUUGAUGAUUCUUCUGAAAAGCAAACUAGUACAAUUGGGAUAAAGGGAACAAUUGGUUAUGCUGCUCCAGAGUAUGGCAUGGGUGAUAAGGCAUCAAUAGAAGGGGACGUGUAUAGCUAUGGAAUAUUACUACUGGAGAUGUUCCUAGGAAAGAGACCAACUGAUGAAAUGUUUAAAGAUGGUCUCAAUCUCCACAAUUUUGCUAAGAUAGGAUUGCCAGAAAGAGUUGUUCAAAUUGUAGACCCAAUCCUUCUACCAAGAGAAGUUGAUGUUGUGCCGACAGCAAUAGUGGCAACUAGAGAAGAUAAUAAUGACAACGAAAUUCAAGUAGACGAAGGAGCUCGAGGUAUUGCAAACCUGUGUCAAAUGGAUGCCAAUGUGCAUAAGUGCUUGGUCUCAAUCCUUGAGAUUGGACUCGCUUGUUCAAUAGAGUCACCAAAAGAAAGAAUGAAGAUGAAGGAAGUUACCAGCGAACUGCAUAUGAUCAAAAAAGCCUUUCUUGGUUCUGGUAUACUCCCUGGUGGACUUGGUAGAAUCCAAGUUUAAGAGCAUGAAACUACCAAAACAGAUCAAUGAAACCUCUUUCAUGUCACUGUUGAGUAUUUGCGUCAUUGCGUGCUAGUUCAAUCUCAUUUGUAGAAACAUUCAGGGAAUGAUUUCCUCAAGGUAUUUUCUUCUUUUAGAUGACAAUCCUACUUGUGUAUCUUGAUAGUACAAGUGCAUUGAACACUUCUACUUCAGGUUCUGGUAUGGUGUAUAUGUAUUCACUAUUCACUAUUCAGCAUAAAAAAUAAAAAGUAUACUGUGUUGUGUA